AUGCCUAGCCUGCUGGUUCUAGCAGGGCUCAUGGAGAAGAACGGGGGCUACGCCGGGGACCUGGCCGGCUCCGGCUCCGGGUUCGGCGGCGAGGCUCUCCUGGUGCCGCCGGACGAGGAGGAGGAGGACUCGCGCGCCCUGCGGGUCGCGCUGGGCCAGCUGUCCCUGCUGGGGCUCGCGGAGGGCGAGGAGGGCGGCGGAGCCCCGACGACGACGGCCGGAGGGGGAGGAGGACUAGUGCAGGACCGGAGCAACAACAACAACAACAACCACCACCACAACCACCACGCCGGCAGCGUGGCGGGCGGCGCGGACAGCGGGGGGCUGCAGGGCAACAGCGGGGGGCUGCAGGGCAACAGCGGGGGGCUGCAGGGCAAGAGCACGCUGGUCUCCCUGUACGAGACCUGCUCCCCCGGGGACGCCAAGGCACGAGGAGGCUGCAACAUCACGGAGUGCGUCCCGGUGCCCAGCUCCGAACAUGUGGCCGAGAUAGUGGGGAGACAAGGUUGCAAGAUCAAAGCCCUGCGGGCCAAGACCAACACUUACAUCAAAACCCCCGUCAGAGGUGAGGAGCCCGUCUUCUUAAUCACCGGCCGGAAAGAGGAUGUAGCGCUUGCCCGCCGUGAGAUCAUCUCUGCCGCGGAGCACUUCUCCAUGCUCCGAGCGUCCCGGAACAAGCUGGGCAUGUCAUUCAGCGGCUCCCCGCCCACCCCUCUGCCGGGCCAGACGACCAUCCAGGUUCGAGUGCCGUAUCGUGUUGUGGGACUGGUGGUGGGGCCCAAGGGCUCCACGAUCAAACGCAUUCAGCAGCAAACGUGCACUUACAUCGUCACACCAAGCCGGGACCGCGACCCUGUGUUCGAGAUCACGGGGUCGCCCAGCAAUGCCGAGAGGGCCCGUGAGGAGAUCGAGGCGCACAUCGCAUUCCGGACGGGGGGCCUGCACGACCACAACAACGAGAACGACUGCCUGGGCCCUGAUGGUGGGAGCAGCCCCGCGGGCAGCGGCGGCGGCGGCGGCGGCGGCCUGGAGAGCCGGCUGCAGCAGGUGUGGGGUCUGCAGGGGGGCCAACGCAAACCCCUCACCAGCAGCUAUCGCCAGAACUUCUCAGACAGCGUGGUCGGGGGUGGAGGGGGAGGAGGCGGAGGCGACGGAGGGGGUAUUUACACCAAGGGCAACUUCUCCAGCUCCGGAGAGAAACAGUGCUCUUACUUUGGAUCCGACGGUACCCAGAGCUGGGGUGACCCGGACUACCCCAAACAGGUGGCCUUCUAUGCCCAGCAGCGCUCCAAGAGCUUCGGAGGCCUCCCCCUCCCUCUCACCAGACUCUCGCCAGGGCUGCCAGAGCCGUGUAUCGGAGGAGGAGGAGGAGGGAACGCCAACAACUCCUCAGUCACCAGCAUCGCCGCCGUGGCCGGAUCGCCCCAUGCUCAGGCUCGCCGGGCCCACAGUGAGCCCACCUCGGCCGGCGGGGGCUUCACCGGCCGCCUCCCAGUGCCGGACUCCCCGCCGGCCGGCGUGCGAGACUGCAUGACCUGCUUUGAGAGUAAAGUGACGGCCGCCCUGGUGCCCUGCGGCCACAACCUCUUCUGCAUGGAGUGUGCCAUCCGAAUCUGUGAGCUCAACCACCCGGAGUGCCCCGUGUGCCACACGCUGGUCACACAGGCCAUCCGGAUAUUCUCUUAGGAAAAAUCCCUCGUCGGUUUCGAUCAUUUUGUUUCAUCAGUGUUCAAUAAUUAUUUGCGUUUAUUGUUAUGAUUAUUAUUAUUAUAAUACGUAUUGUUUGUUUUACAGAAAAUUUUAA